ACUCUUUCGAUGCAUAUAAAAGGCCUCCACAGGCCCCUACGAACAAACCAACACACCCAAAGUAAACUGAGCUUCCUCUCCUCUUAGCUCUCUGCUUCAAGAGUUGUAUGGCAAAGGAAGCCGAAUUGAAGAGUGUCGAUCUGAAGGUUUCUGUUAACUGUUGUGAGGGAUGCAAGAGGAAAGUUUUGAAGGCCUUGAGCACCAAAGGUGUACUGAGGGCAGAGAUUCAUCCAACCCUGCCCAAAGUGACGGUCAUUGGCAAUGUUGAUGUAGGAAUCCUGAUAAAGAAGUUGUCCAAAGUCGGGAAAAGUGCUGAAGUAUUGUCCGAGGAGACGCAAAAGCCGCAAAGAGAUGAUGGGGUAAGCGAGAAGGAAAAGGAUAAAGGGAAAGAACCCGAGAACGAUAAGAGUUCUUCGAUCGACAAUGGAAAGAGUAAUGAGAGCAAGAGCACCCUAAACAAGGAUGAGAUUGGCAAAGAUAAAGAAGGAGAAAAGAAUCCCGUGGUUGUCGAAACAACAAAGGGUGUGUACCCUACAAUUGUAACCACCAUUCCACAAAUGAGCUUGUACCAAACUAUAGCACCACAAGCCAAAGUUUACUACCCGGUGGAGCCUGUUGUAGUUCCCAUGCCAUACUACCCCAUGAAUGCCGACCCUGCUCCGGCCGCAUUCUACAUUCAAGACUAUCGCUACUACGAAACGCCGUCCUACCGCCAUUCACCACCGCAGUCGCAAGCAAUGGCUGCUCUCGGUGACUACUUCAACGAAGACAAUACGGUAGGUUGCCGGAUCAUGUGAAGGAUUGAACUUACCCAAUUUUUGUUUGACAAAGGGUAGAGGAUGAACCCUAUUGAGGUGGUCAUGGACCACAACUUUCUUGAUAUUCAUAUACGGAAAAGGCGGGGGGAAUUGAAUGUCUCCCUUGCAACUUUGACUCGGCUCUUAGAGCUUAGAAAGGCUUAAUUCCUUAUCAAUGUCAUUGUUGUCAUCUAUGAGCUGUUCAAGUUAUUAACAAGUAGGAAUCUUUUGCUAAGUGAGCUUGAAAUCAUGCUUUGGAAGCUGUUUACGACAAAAUUUAGGCCGAUCGCAGUGGAACUGAGGAUGAAUUCUCGACAAGUGAAAGGUGGAUUCCUGUUGGGGGCCAAGGAAUAAAGUAAGAAAGCCAUUAGCCACCAAAAUUUUGAUACUCAAUGAUGGUUUUGUUCAUAGUCAAUGUACAAGAAUAUCAAGGAAAAGUUGAAAAAGACAGCUUUUGAUGCUGUCUAGAUUUUGCUACAUUAAGUUUUGUGGAGGAACAAGUCC